GUUUAAACUUCAAAUAAUGUGAGAAGCUUUUUUCAUGUAGUAAAAAGUUUAGAAGAAUUAUGAUUCAUACCUGCCAGCUGAUGUUUGUUUGUUUGUCUGCUUUCAAAAAUUCUGCGCUCGGGAUCAUCUUAUGGCUGUGGAUGUUGUGCAUGGAUAUAUUUAGUUCUUAUCUUGUCCAUAUGCCUAUGAUACUUUUGCUAUGCCACUCCAUGUAGAUCCUAGAAAACACGAACUUCUAGAAGCUAGAAUUCAAGGAAAUAAUCAUAUAAAUCAAAUGAAUAAUAUCCCUGUAUCAACAAAGACGGAUUCAUAUGCAUCAGCAUAUAUGUAUCCUAUAGCAGCAGAUGAAUCGUCGCGUACUCCAGAACAUUCAGCUUUGCGUGGAUCUUCUAGUCCAUCUAGUUCGGCUGGUGAACAUGAUUUAAGCACUAGCAGUAGUGAUCCUAAACCAGUAACAACUGUUAUCCCUUCAACACCAGCAGAACCAAACGAACGGAUUCCGAGCAGUGCAGACGUGAGCAAAAAAUUUCAAAAUUCUACCAAUCAGAAUAGUAAUCGCUUGGAUAUCACCAAUUUACCUCUUAGUAUACAAAAUCCCCAAACAUUUGUACAAACUCAGUCAGAUUAUGUGACUUCACCUACAACUCCAAAAAGAAAUAGAAUGCCUUCAAGUUCCACUGGAGAGUUUGAUAAUACAACAAACGAUGGAGCUCUUGCUUCACCUGUCAAAUCAGGUGAUAAGUUUUUAGAAUCUUUAGCUACUGGUGCUCCAGCCAAUCCUAUGGGUUCACCUCAGUGUUUACAAUACCUUUCAAGAUCCAAUUCUAUGCACACACCUUCCACUGUUGCUGGCAACAGUCCUAUUAAAUCCCAAACAUCUGUAAAUGAUAAGAAUAAUCCAUAUUUCACAUUCCAACCAUCUGUUCAACCCAGUCCUAUAGUUGUUGAAACAAAUAAUCCUUCUGUCUAUGAUCCAUCUCCAUCUAUAAAGCCACCUACUUCAACGCAUGGUGGACAGGUUGACUCCUUACCGUCUAGAAAUGGUACAAAAAAGCGACGAAAACCUGCCAACUCUGAAGAUGUUCACACACCGAAGGCGAAGAAAUUGAUUGGUCAAGAUCGUGGUUCGAAACGUAUUGAUGAAAUCUUUAAAUUCAUGCCUGGUCCCUUGUAUUCAUCCUGUGGUUCAACAAGCCCAAUACGUAAUCCUCGCCCACAAAGCCCUUCCCCUACAGGUGGUCACUCCCUUGAUAAUCAAAUGGUUGGAACAACGCAUAACUACAUCCCAUCAGUGAAUAAUGAAGCUGUAACUACAAGUUGUGGUGGAAGUAAUGAUCAAAUGGUGAUUACAUCAGCAGCUUCAGGUGUUCAAUUUACAAAUAAUGCAGUAAAUUUUCAAUUGUCACCUGUUCGCGCCAAUAGUACAGCAAGUUUAAGCGAUAGUUCUGGUGACAAUCCUGUCUCUAUGGUUGGAUUAACUAUGGCUGUAAAUAUGAAUGCAAAUCCAGUCUCUUGUACUACACCUUGCAAUGCUAAUCCACUACCUACCUACACUAACCUGCACACAUCUGUAAAUCUGAAUUCAUCUUAUCAUCCUCAAGUGGGACAAGCAAAUUUCAAUUAUCUAGGCUCUGCAUCCAGUUUAAAUAGUCCUAUAUCUCAUGUUCCAGGUGGUUUAAACACCAACACCAGCACCACUGCCACCAUUCCUAUUGUAACUGGAUCUGGUGUUGUAAACACUUUCAAAUCUCAUGUUGGAGUGCAAACAGAUGAAGCUGUCACUUCGACGGUAUUAAUGAAUGAAUCUAUUAUGAUAGAAGAUUCUCAGUGUAUAAAUUCCACAUCUUUGCAUAACAAUCCCCCUGCUGCUCCUCCUCCUACUUCUGCUUUAUUUACUACGACAUCUGGUGCAUCUUUACCCGUGGUUAUUACUGUUGAAAGUCUUCAACGGCGUAUAGCUGACUUAGAGCAUGAAAAUGCUAUUCAACGUGAAAGUAUUACAAAACUUCAAGAAAAUGCUCUUCGUUCUCGAGAAAUGAUACGUGAAUUAUUAAUUGAAAAAAGUCUAUUAGAGAGAAAAACUACACGUCAAAAAGUCAUGGAAAAUCGUUUACGAUUAGGUCAGUUUAUAACUCAAAGACAAGGUGCUCAUUUUGAAGAAAAGUGGAUUGAAGGCUCAAGAUUUAAAGAAUUAGAUCAACGUCGUAAAAAUAUUGAACAUGUUCGUGAAGAGAUUGAACGUAAAAAGAAACAAUGGAAUAAACGUAAACCAAAUGUUGGUGAAGGGAAAAAGAGUACUAAAUCUAAGUAUGAUGAGGUUUCUGUAGAUGAAUUUUAUGAACAAUUGGAAAUCUAUGAUCUACGUAAACAAAUGCUUGUUAAAGAAGAUAAAGAAAUUCAAAUGGAAUUAGAACGUUUAGAUAGGGAAAGAAAUUUACAUAUACGUGAAAUUAAACGAAUUUCAAAUGAAGAUGCAUCACGUUUUAAAGAUCAUCCAUUGUUGAAUGAACGUUAUCUAUUGCUUAAUUUACUUGGGAAAGGUGGAUUCUCUGAAGUACACAAGGGUUUUGAUCUUGUCGCUAAUCGUUAUGUUGCUUGUAAAAUUCAUCAACUCAAUCCUGCUUGGCCUAAGGAUAAAAAAGAUAAUUAUAUAAAACAUGCACUUAGAGAAAUUGAGAUUCAUAAAACGCUGAAUCAUCCAAGAAUAGUAAAAGUUUUCGAUGUAUUCGAUAUUGAUCAUGAUGCUUUUUGCACAGUACUUGAAUACAGUGAAGGCAAUGAUCUAGAUUUCUUCCUUAAGCAGAAUAAAAGUAUCCCUGAACGUGAAGCCAAGUCAAUUAUCUGUCAAGUGGUAUCUGCUUUAAAGUAUUUAAAUGAACGUAAACCCCCGGUAAUCCAUUAUGAUUUGAAACCAGGAAAUAUUCUCUUGGGUUCUGGUCAAGUUGCUGGUGAAAUUAAAAUCACUGAUUUUGGUUUAAGUAAAUUAAUGACAGAGGAUAAAUAUAAUCCAGAGACUGGAAUGGAUUUAACAUCACAAGGUGCUGGCACUUAUUGGUAUUUACCACCGGAAUGUUUUGAAACAGGCCGUGAACCGCCGAAAAUUUCAUCAAAAGUUGAUAUUUGGUCUGUUGGUGUAAUAUUCUUUCAGUGUUUAUUUGGUAAAAAGCCAUUUGGUCAUAAUAUGUCUCAGGCUGAUAUCCUACAUGAGAAUACAAUUCUUCAUGCCCGGUCUAUUGUAUUCCCGUCGACAACAAAAGUUAGCGAUGGUGCAAAGGAAUUUAUCCGUAAAUGUUGUACGUAUCGAAAAGAUCUUCGACCGGAUGUCUUUCAACUUUGUAAUGAUGACUAUUUAAAGCCUAAAGCACAAUUAAAGCAUUAUCUUGAUACAUCUUCACUUCCUGGUCCUAUUCCACUCGGUAUAACAACAACUCCUCCGCCUUCCAGUUGUAUUGGUGCCUCUAUUAUUCCCAAUGUCGGCGGUGGUAAUCCUCCAUGUCUACUCUCUGGCUACCAAACAAACAAUAAUAAUAACAACAAUAAUAACCAUAAUAACAGUAGCGUGAACAGUGGUGUUGCCCAACCUCAAUCACAACAUAUCCUUCAACAACAAACUACAUCGUUUUCUGUACUUCAAAGUCAAGCGGUGGCAGCUACGCCAUCUUUACAACCAUUGACAUUACCUCCACAAAGUUAAGCGCAUCAGUAACAACAACGGCAACCGACGAUAACCACAAAGAAAUGCGUUCCCUUGUUCAGUAAUUAGUUGUCGCAACGCCCCCCACCCCCAACCAAGCAAAGCAAUCUGACUUACUCUUUCCAAUAUUGAUUAUUGUGGAUGUGUUGGAACUUGAAAAGAUUUACACACACACUGCUGGCCGCCCCUCCCCUUCCACUGUUAUUCAUGUGUAAACGUAUAUACAUAUAUGUGUACUCAUGUCACCAUUGAGUCAUACUUUUAGCACUUGUGUAUAGUUAAUUUCUCCUAUUAUACAUUAUUAUUACUAUUGCUAUUAUCAUUAUUAUCAUUAAUAAUACUAUUAUCAUUAAUCAGAAACUUGUAUUUAUAUAUUUGUGUGUAUGCGUGUACAAGGCAUUAACGUGUUCUUUCUGUAAGUGUGUGUGUGUGUGGAUGGGUGGGUGUGGUUAUCUAUCUAUCGAUCCAUUUGUGGGGUGUUCUCCCUCCCUCCCUCUCUCUAUUUUCUUCAGUUUUUUUUGUGCAAAAGAGUGUAUUCCCCUUAUCCCCAACCCAUCCCACCAUCAUUGUGUAUUCUUCCCUCUCGCCGCCCCUCUAUCUCUCUCUGUCUCUCAUAGUGUCUUUUACGGUUUGUCGUCUCUUGGUUUUUCUACGAUUGUACCACAACUUCUCUCUCUCUCUCCCUCUGUGAGUGCGUGCGUGUCGGUUAGUAUCUACAGCACACUCUUCUCAUUCCCUUUUUUGUAUGUGUAAUUUUUGUAUUAUUAUUAUUAUUACUAAACUACAGAAGGCACCGAAUGCUUCACCUCGAAAGGAACAAUCACAUUCGGUUUAUUUUGUAACAACUAUGUGUGACAUACUGUGUUGUGCUCUAUGAUUUUUUUGAUUUUCUUUUUGUUCGUUUUUCAAUAUAUAUUCCUUUCCUGUGUAGUAUACUCUCAAAUGUGUGUGUAUGUGCGCAUGUGUGUGUGCGUGUUUACGUUUGUGUUUGUGUCAGUGUGUGUAAUACUCAGCCUCCUUGAGGCGUUUCAAAAACACACUUUUCUCCUCCUCUAUCGCCGUUGUCGUCGCACGCGUACACGCACGCACACACAUGCAUGCAUACAUACAUACCACCAUUUUAGAUUGAUCUAUAUAUAUAUAUAUGUGUGUGUAUUGUAAUUUUGUUUUCCCAUCCUCGCGCGUUCUUUCUGUUUUUUUAGUAAUCUUUGUUCUCCUCUUCUACACUCUCCCCCCCCCUCCAACACCACACACACCACACCACUCACUAUUUCUGAUCAAAAAGCCUAGAUAUUGAAUUUUUCAAUGUUUCUUCAAAUAUAUGCAAUAAUAAUCAUAUUAUAAA